CAGAGCCAUUUUUACUGUUGAGUAACUGCAUGCUGGUCUGCCUGUGCUAGAGAGAGGGUGAGAGAGCGAGCAAGAGGAAUAAAGUGCUCCUCCUGGAUCUAAUCGGAGCCCUCUCUCCCCUCUCUCGCCUUCGCCUCUCCUCCUUGUACACCUCUCGCUUACGGCUUGUGUCCAUAUAAGUUGGGGAGGCCCUGGAGAGGACAACAAUGGAGCGGAGAGCCUGUGGCAACUGGGCCGUUGUACUGCUGAGAGGGGGAUGGGGUAGAGAGAGAACCGGUUCACACAGCUAAACAGCCUGCUGGCUGUAGGCUUCCACAGCCUUUCCUCCCUGCCUGGACCCACUGUUUCCAGGCUGGGGCGUUUUUUUGUACAACAGCCACCCUCAAACUCUGCUUGGAUUACACUAAGGAUUACUCACCGUGUUCGGGGGGAUUUUAGGAUACAUACUGGAGCCUGAAGAAUAAAUCCCUCCUGUGUUUUGGAUGAGAGAAAAGGAAAACAAACUUUUGUGUAAUUCUUUUGUGCCCGUUUUUGGUUUCUGUUUCUGUUUAGUGGAGUUAAUAAAUGGAUUACAAGAUGCAUGCCAAGUCAAACGAUUUGCUGGAUUUUCAAAAACUGGACGCUCUUCUGGAAAAAAUUGCACAUUCAGUCUCUGUGAAAAGAGAGUCCAGCGAGGAGUGCAAUGGGAUCAGUGGUGCUCUGUCAGUGGAGUCUGUGCCGGGGCCAAGACUGAACUGGUGUCCUGCCAACACCACUACCCCUGCCCCAGCUCCAGCUCCAGCUCCCGCUCCGGGGCCCGAGCCCAUGCCCAACCCUGUUAGAAUGGGGGACGGCCUGGAUGCAGCGCAGAUGUCGGGCAACAGCAGUAGCAGCAGCCAGGGGCAGGCCCAAUCAAUGGGCAACCCCCCACCCCCAGAGUACAUCAAUCCAGACAGGCCCAAGCGCCAGACCAAUCAGCUGCAGUACCUGCUCAAGAUGGUGGUGAAGGCCCUGUGGAAGCACCAGUUUGCCUGGCCCUUUCAUGCACCAGUGGAUGCGAUCAAACUUAACCUGCCUGACUACUACACAAUAAUCAAAAAUCCUAUGGACAUGGGAACAAUCAAGAAAAGGCUUGAGAACAGUUACUACUGCAAUGCCCAAGAAUGUAUCCAAGACUUCAACACGAUGUUUACCAACUGCUACAUAUACAACAAGCCUGGAGAUGACAUAGUCUUAAUGGCUGAGGCGUUAGAGAAGGCUUUCCUCCAAAAGGUUACAGAAAUGCCUCAGGAAGAAACUGAGAUUAUUGUCAUGACAGGCAAGGGACGUGGCCGGGGCCGGCGAGAUGGAGGUCUGAACUUGAAACCAGGGGCCAUCAUUGAUUCUUCGUCCACGACUCCUCAAACACGUGGCCUGUCAAACCUCUCAGCAGUACCACAGACCAGAGGACCAGUGCAGGGCCCGCCUUCACUACCUCCCCAGCCUUUGAUGCAGGCCCUGCCGUCCCACGUGCCCCCAACGUUACCCAGCCAUGCACCACAGCUUGGAGCUCCCUACUCCCUGGGCCAGUCAGACUGUGCUCCUCAAGUUCCCAUCAUGACUUCUGUGCCUCCCCCUGCUCAGACCUCCCUUCCCCCAGCAUCCAUCCAGAGCACUGCCCCUAUGCUGCAGAACCCUAUAACCAUGACCAAACAAAGAAAGAGCCAGAAAAGGAAAGCAGACACUACAACGCCCACAGCAAAUGACCAACUGAGUGAGUCUUCACCAGCAGAGUCCAAAUCUGGGAAGACACUACCCAGGCGAGAGAGUACCCGGCCUAUGAAACUGAUGAAGAAGGAUGCUCCAGACUCCCAGCAUCACAUAGGCAUGGGGAUGGGACUGAGCGGACCAAGUGGAGGUCAUAGCCCCAAACCACAGGAUCAGCUGGGAUACUGCGCUAGUCUGGUUAGGGAUAUGCUGUCCAAGAAGCACGCUGCUUAUGCCUGGCCAUUCUACAAACCUGUUGAUGUGGAUGCACUGGGACUACACGAUUAUCAUGAUAUCAUCAAACAUCCAAUGGACCUCAGCACCAUCAAGGCCAAGCUGGAGAACAGGCAAUACCGGGAACCCCAGGAGUUCGCUGCUGACGUACGAUUAAUGUUUUCCAACUGCUACAAAUAUAAUCCACCAGACCAUGAGGUGGUAGCUAUGGCACGCAAGCUACAGGAUGUCUUUGAGAUGCGCUUUGCCAAGAUGCCUGAUGAACCUGAGAGCAAGCCACUGGUUUCUGCCCCAGCUCCUACACUUCACCAUCCUGCCCCUGUUAAGCCCCAGCCUCCUUUGGCUCACGUCGCCUCGUCUUCAGACAGCUCCAGUGACUCGUCCUCUGAGUCUGAGUCUUCCACAGAUGACUCUGAAGAAGAGAGAGCCCAGAGGUUGGCAGAGCUCCAGGAACAGUUGAAGGCUGUCCACGAGCAGCUGGCUGCCCUGUCCCAACCACAAGCCAGCAAACCAAAGAGAAAAGAGAAGGAAAAGAAGGAGAAGAAGAAAGAUAAGCAUAAGAAGAAAGGAGGCAUACCUAGCCUUGUAGAUGAGAUCCAGGAUGCUACACCUGUUUCGCAGCUCUCUAAGAAGACCAAGACCAGUAACAAUAACAACAAAGAGGUUGUUCCCAAGAAGAAACCCAGUAAAAAGGAAGGGAUGAAAAGCAAUCAUCCCUCCAACCUGCAGCUGGUUCCCAGCCUUGAAGACGACCUGGGGGCAGCUGGGUCAUCAGCUACAGGGGAAAAGUGCAAACCUAUGACAUACGAAGAGAAGAGGCAGCUAAGCUUGGACAUCAACAAGCUUCCUGGUGACAAGCUUGGCCGUGUAGUGCAUAUCAUCCAGUCCAGAGAGCCCUCACUCAAAAACUCAAACCCAGAUGAGAUCGAGAUUGACUUUGAGACACUAAAGCCUUCCACUCUGCGCGAGCUGGAGAGAUAUGUGUCUUCCUGCCUCCGCAAGAAGAAAAGGGCUCCAGUUGAGAAGCCUGUGGAGUCCUUGGCUACCUCCAAAAAGAUUGGAUCCUCUUCAGAGAGCAGUGGCUCCAGCACAGACAGUGAAGCUGAGGCCACAGAAAUUAUAAAGCAGCAGAAGAAGAAGGGCCAGCUUCUGAAGGAGGGGAAGAAGAUGCACCCUCACAUUCAGAGCGGCCCUGCUCAGACUGGGCUUCAUUCCCAAGCUGCAGGCCUUCAGUCCAGCAGUCAGAUUAAACAGCAGCAGCAGCCAUCUCCUGCAGGCUUCCUUGCUCCACCUGUAGCUGCUCUGGAGUCUUCCCAGUUACUGGAGAGUAGCUUUGAUUCCCUGCCACCUUUUGCCCAGCCCCUUAUGCAUCUGUCCCACCACACAGGCAACUCCUCCUCACCUGCACCACCACACCUCAACGCUCAUUCUGCUGGGCCAGUUUCCCCUGAGACCCACCCCUUCCUCAACCAGCAUCCCAUCCUCCCAUCUCCAGCCUUGCACAGUUCCAUGCCUCAGCAGCCUUCUCGACCCAGUCACAAGGCAGCACCUCUUCAUCCCAAACCCCCUCAGCAGCAACCAGCACCUCCUCAGCAGCAGCCAACCCUGCCGCAGCAGCAGCAGCAGCAGCAGCAGCAGCAGCAGCAGCUCCAACCCCAGUCAGCAGCACCACCACAGCACCAGCUCUCCUCUCAGAUCCUCCACCCUCCUCAGCCUCUGCACCAGCGGCCCAUGUCCCCUCCAACACUCACACCCCAGGGCUUGCUGUCUUCCCAGCCUCCCCAGAUGCUGCUGGAGGAUGAUGAAGAGCCAGGAUCUACAACGCCUCUGAACCAAGUACAAUUAUACCUGCAGCAGUUCCAGCAAGCCCGUCAGCCCCAGCAGUCCAUGCAGUCGCUCCAGGCGCAGGCUCGUCAGCAGCAGCAGCAGCAACAACAACAACAACAACAACCAGGACAGACGUCUCUCCUGCAGUCUGUCCAGGCACAAUCUCAGCUAUCCUCUCAGACCACGCUGCCUCCUCCCCAGCUCCCUGUUCAGUCCCAGGCUCAGCCAGCCCCAUUACAUCAGGCCCCGCCCCAACAGAUUCCUCUACACCAAGCCCGCCACAUGCAGCACACUCAGCAGCAGCAACAGCCACAACAGCAGCAACUUAACUACCAGCAGGGUCCUGGACUAGCUGGUCAGUCCCAGGGAUCACAACACAAGGUAUCCAUGCCCACCAACAAAGCACAGCAGAUCAUCCAGCAGCAGCAAGAGCAGCCCUCCCCUCAUCCUACCAAGGCUGACCCUUACAACACAGGUCACAUGAGGGACAACCCAUCCCCUCUAAUGAUGCAUUCCCCACAACUUCCCCAGUAUCCACCUGUGUCUCACCAGUCUCCACCUCACAACAUGCAGCCCAAAAAGCAGAGGGCUCCUGGAAGUCAUGGUGGGUUAAAAGAAGAGAAACUUCCUCCAUCACCAGUGAUGAGAGGAGAUCCAUUUAACCCUGCAAUGAGACCAGACCAUCACAAACAUCCUGAUAACAAGCCUUCUCAACUAGGCCUCAGCCAACAGAAUGUGAAGUCCAUGGACAGCUCGCGACCUGUCAUCCGCUCCUCUGAGCCCAUUGGGCCUCUGCAAGACAAGGAUAAGUUCAAGCAGGAGUCCAAGGCACCCAUUGCCCCCAAAAAGGUACAGGAUGUGAAACUAAAGAAUAUGGGCUCGUGGGCCAGCCUGGCACAAAAGUCGACAUCUACGCCCUUAUCUGCAGUGAAGUCAUCGAGUGACAGUUUUGAGCAGUUCCGUCGUGCUGCCCGGGAGAAAGAGGAGAGGGAGAAAGCCCUGAAGGCCCAAGCAGAGCAGGCCGAAAAAGACCGACUACGCAGAGAGCAGGACAAACUACGAGGUCGAGAUGAUGAAGACGUCAUGGAGCCAAGCAGAAGGGUGCAUGAGGAGCCACGCAGGCGUCUGGAGCAACAGCACAUCCAAGCUCCUUCGCAACUGCAGCAGCAGGAGCCCCAGCCAGCUGCUAUUCAGCAGCCUCCUCAACCUCCCACACCACCUCAGCCCGCCACACAGAACCCACUAGACCAACAGAGGGAGCUAGCACGCCGCCGAGAGCAGGAGAGGAGGAGGCGAGAAGCGAAUGCAGCAACUAUUGACAUGAAUUUCCAAAGUGACUUAAUGGCUAUCUUCGAGGAGAACCUGUUUUGAGGAGGAGAGGAGCAACUGAAACGUGACUGCAAAAAAGCUAAAAAAAAAAAAGAAAAAAGAAAAGACUUGGAUGAUGUAAACUUCCUCUAAAGAGAGAUUUGGCGACCACACACCACAGAGGGACACGGACUCUAUGUAGAUGUGACGGGGCCCUCGGAGACUGAGUACAAAUGCUGGACGGGCAGUCACGGCUUGCUUUGCCCCUGUAGACUGAACACACACAACACAUGGGGAUAGUCUCAUUGUUUUGGAUGUCAUUUCCUGGGAAUUUGGCAUUGCCUGCUUGAUAUCUCAUAACAGGAGAAAGGCACAGUUCCCUUUGUCCUACUUGCUUCUUAAAGUGUGUGUGGGCGCAACAAUAACUUGCAAGAGUAAAGACAUCCCAAUAUGUAUGAAAAUGCUCUGAUAAUGUACUGAGAGACUGCGCAGAGGCGUUUUGAGAUUGCCAGAUGUCUGAGGUGGUGAAGAAGACUGGUCUUUUUUGUUCUGUUUUGUUUUGAUUGUUGUAAGUGAACACAUGAAGUGGUUGGGGGGGCAACUUCCAUACUGUAAAUCAUGUAUAUUUCUCAGCAGAGAAGGUACAGUUUGCCUUACACCUCUUUCCUAAACAGACCAUUAUGUUCUGUGGACUGCACACAUGGACAAACCAAUAACAUUUACAACCAGGAGUAGGAGCAGUGCAGACCUUUUUUUCAUCAUCUAGUAUCUACUGUAAAGAAGUAUUUUCUUAUACUACAAUAACUUUAUUUUGGAUCUUUCUUUUUUCCUCUUUAGGUCUUUGAAUCUUCACACCAACACACUCCGCCACCUAUGUCUAUGCCAAACAACCCAUUAUCUUUUAUGCUAAAUUACUUGUCCUAAAACAUAGUAGGUAGCUAGUGACAAAAAAAACCCCUGAAUAAUAUGCAUUAUCAUAGUUCCAGCAAGUAUUUAUCAAAGACAGAAUCAGUUGAAGUUUUCAUCCUGCCUUGUAUUUUUCAUUUAAAGCUACAACACGAACUUGUUAGCAGAAAAAGGGAAAGGUCCGGCCGUUUCUGAGCUUUAGUUGGAAUAUGAUUUCACUACAAGUGUCGCACCAUUAUUUGUAUUACACUUAUGACAUAAUGUUGGAAAUGUUCAUAUCAUUGGCCUGUUCACAACAGUCACACUACUGGAUCAGUUAAGACAUGAGAAGAUGAGGACCCACUCCUGUCCAUUCUGUGUGCGCUCCGAUCUUCUCUGAAGGUUUUGAUCAAAUGUCAACAGGCAGAGUGCUCCAGGCAGGAAGGGGACAAUCGGGAAUAAGACAAACACUUAACACCUUUCUGUAGCUGUUACUUGAAUCAGGUUAGUAAAAAUAGUUGAAGGGACUGGAAGGAGCUCCCAGUUAGUUUUUGCAUCAAAUCGUCUUCUAAUUCACUGAGGGCACACUGUCGACAGUACAAAACAACAAAAAGACAAAUGAUUACAAAAGCUAACAAACAGAAAACGCUGAAAAACAGUUUUGAUUUAAAUCUUUGUUCUUGUUCAAUAAUAGUGGAUGUGAGUUAUAAUUCUGUUCUUGGAGACAUUGUUUGGACCGGGGAUGGGUUGAAAUCUGAAUGCAUCUCGUCCUCUUCACUUGUCUCUUAUGGUGUUUUUCUCCAGUGCCUGUAUUGUAUUGCAAUUCUCGUCGGCUUAUAUUACACUUCGAGGGGGUUUAGAAAAGGGCGAGUCAGGACUGGAGGGUGUAAUAUUUGAAUAGGGAGGGAGAUUUUUGAAAGAGUUUGUGUAAAAAAAAAAAUAAAAAAUUUAAAAAAAUUUAAAAAAAGAUUUAAAAAAAAAGGAAAAGACAGCGUUUUAUAUUUUACCCGUUGUCAAUAUUCGGGUUUUAAAUUUAGUUUUAGCUGGACUUCUAUGAGUGUACACACCUGACAACUACUUUCUCAUUUUGUUCAAUCAGCAGAUUUUAGGUAGAUAUGUUUCAGCGUUGCCACACUAGCGUUUGAGUCUGGUCUGUGAGUGUGACUGUGUAAAUUUGGACGGCUGUGUGACUGUGUGUGUUUUUGUUUUUGUUCAAUUUUUUAAAAGUGUGUGAUGCAGGGAGGCAUGUUCCCCAAUGUAGAUAAGCAUUCUAUUGAUGAGGAGAAUAAACAGAUAAACAGUACUUCAGGAGAACUUGUUUCUGUGCUUAAGUCACCUUUUUAAUUUCUAUGAAGUCCACCAUAUAUGAAUAUAGAAUUUUUAUUAUUAGACUGUUUUUGAAAGGGUAAAAAAAUAACUUCAUUCCUUUUUAGCCUUUUUUUCCUUUUCACAAUAACUGUUGGACAUAAUGUGCCAUGAGUUCUACAGAGAAUGUGCUGACCCGCAGCUCAGCCCAGAGUUUGCUUUAUUCAGGUAUUUUAUUUUGUGUUACAUUUGUUCAGUUUUGGGGGUUUUGUUGAAACAUUUUCCUCGAUUAUUGUUUGGUAUGUGAGUGGUCUAUCGAGGUCUCUGAUUCAGUCUGUUAUGAUCAUUGAAUAAACUCAUCUCUUUUAUAGAAAAUUAAAAAAAUAAACAAAA